AUGAGACCACGUAACCAAGGCUUUUUGGUUUUAGGUUUUACUUACUCGGUGCUUCUAACUAGUCUUGCCACAUUUUGUUGGUUGCACGACAAUAAAUCAUUACUGCACUACUGGUGUGUACUACUGCUAUGUCCUGCGACACUUUGGCUAUGGGCACUCAUUUCCUGGUGCGAUAGCGAAAUGUUUGGAAGCAGUAAAGAUGAAUGA